AUGGGCGGCUCUCAAUCCACUUUCCAGGGGUUUCACUUCAAGGAGGAUGCCUUUGAUGCUGAGGAGUUCCAGAAGGCGCUGAGCGCAUGGCUGACCCCCAUGUGCCUGGACUGCAGCCGCCCCUUCCUCAUAGGCUGGUACAACCAGGCGCGAGGCACCACGGCGGACGGAACACAGCAAAUUCAGGGGCCAGACGACGCCGUGGCGUAUGCCAUCUAUUCUGUACCCGGAUAUCUAGACGUGGUGAUUGAGCACUACGCCAGGGAGCGGCCAUCGACCGGUUUCAUUGACGGCGCCACUGACGCCAUCCUCGCGCAGCUUCGUCAGGCACUUCCUGCUGAGUUGGAAGCCGAAGUCGUGAACACGGAUGCAGGGCCUCCCUACUACCACGUGCAAACCAUCGGGAACGUGUGCGCAGAGGACGAGCACCUCGAAGCCAAGGACGUCGAUGGAGACGACCGGGAUGACUGGCAAGAAGAUCUGUCUGACCAACUCGAGGAGACGCGUGACCCCAAGAUGUGGGGAACGGAAUCGGAGAUGCGGAGGAAGAUCUUUGGUGUGAAUGUUCACCCUAUCUGGGGCGGCUGGUAUUCGUAUCGAGCCUUGAUUGUCCUCCGAAAGGCCACCCAGGCGUCUCUCCCACAGCCGAAGCCACUGGCAUUUCUGGCGACAGAGGACAAGAAGCGCAUCCUCGCUGAGUACAACCUGAGGCACCAGCUCUGCCUUUGGCGUGACCUGGCAGACUCGCAUCCGCCGGAGAAGCGAUACAGCCCAGAAGAGUUCUUCUUCUUCACGGAAACCUCUCCAGACAAGCGCAGGCGCUUUCUGGAGAUGAAGGCGGCGCACAUGAAGGCAGUGCCUCCGCCACGGUGGCCAUGA